UUGAAAGCGUUGUUUGUAAACAAGAUGACUGAAUAUACUCCAGUUGGUAAAAAUAAUAAAAACAUAUUAACAAGUACACCAUCACCAAAUGAUCUUUCUCAUAAAUUGUCUUGGUCAAGUGAACUUUCUUCAAUUAAAAAAUCAAUAAGUGAUAAACAAGCUGCUCGAUUUAUUAAAUAUAUUCGACAAGAAGAUAUAGAAAAUGAUUCAUCAACUCUUCAUCCAUCAUCAACUGAUUCUCCACAAGAUGAUAAUAAUUUUAAACAGCAUCAUUAUGGAAGUGGUGACUCUGAUCAAUCUGAAGCAUCAGGUACCAGUUAUAGUUUUGAUAGACAAAUAAUUAUCACAAGAAAAUAUAAUGAAAAUAAAAGCAAAAGAAAACGAAGAUAUGUUGGUAUGUCAACAUGUCUACCAGAUGAUUUUGAUCAACAACAACAAAAACAUCAUCAAGAAAGUCAUGAAGGUGAUAAAAAUUCUGAAACAUUAGUUACCAAUCAUAUUUCUGAUGAUGAAAUAACACUCAACAAAGAAUCUAAUAAAAGAAAAUACAAAAAAAUACGUCGCGUGUCAUCACCAAGACGUGAAAUUUCACCACCAAAAAAUAUACCUGAAUGCUUAUCACCAAUAAAUGUAUAUCAUAAAAUUAAAAUUGAUCUAAUGUUUGAAAAAAUAAAUGCUCUAAAAAAUAAAAACAAAAAAUCUCUAAUUAAACAUAAAAAAAAGGAAACAAAGUUUAAUAAAAAGUUAUCAGGAAAUGGAUUGCUAGGUUUUUUAUCAAAAAAUGGUUUAUACAGAGAGCCAAUAUCUGAAAUUGCAUUGAACAAAGUUAUAAAAGAGUAUCAGGGUAGAUACAAAAACAGUGGACAACGUCAGAAGAGAUUAAACUUGAAAAAAAAAAAUGAAAUAUUGAAAAAAAAAAUCAGAGAAGCUUAUGAUGGAUCUGAUGACAGUGCAAGUGAAUUGUUUGAUGCAUUUGUUGAAAAAAAUCCAAAUUAUUUUCAUCAAGAAAAAAAAAAUACUAGACAAGUAAUUUUAAAAACAGCUGAUAGUAAUAACACCACUGAGUUAUCAGAGGCCAGUCAAAGUGAUGAAGAAACCAAUGAAGCCAGUGAAGCAUCCAACGUCUCUUUGGAUUCAUCAAAAAAUCGAGUUACAAGUUCAAAUACAACUCAGAGUGAUGCUGGUACAUUAAAUUCUUCAACUGGAAUUUCUACAAGUCGUAAAGAACAAUCCAGCUCACCAGAUCCAUCACAAAGUUUAUCCCAGGUUGAUGAAAUGACAACAAGUCAUCAACACCAAAUAAUUCAACAUGAAAAAUCUGAAUCUUGUGUUGAUAAAUCAGAGAAUCAUCACAGCAAAAGUCUACCAACUAUUAGAUCUGUUGCUAUAGUUAACAUGAUUUUACACAACUUCAAAAAACAACAAGCAUCAACAAAUUAAAUUAUAAAUU